AUGUUGCUCACAGGUACCGGCAAGCCGCGAGUCAUCCUCGGGACCAUGACCUUUGGCCCCGACACCGACACUGGUGCUCGUCAAACUGAUCUCGCCGACUACAACAAGGCUCUGGAUUAUCUACAAUCUCAAGGCUACAAUGAAAUCGAUACUGCUCGCACUUAUGUCGGUGGAAAGCAGGAAGCCUGGACCAAAGAUGCUCGCUGGAAGGAACGUGGUCUGACUUUGGCUACCAAGUGCUAUCCCCACGAGCCCGGCAUGCACAAGGCAGACAGUAUCCUCGCCUCUCUUGACAAGAGUUUGGCUGAGCUGGGAACUGAUUGUGUCGACAUCUUCUACCUUCACGCUCCAGACCGUUCUGUUCCUUUCACAGAAACUCUGGAGGCUGUCAACAGAGCUCACAAGCAGGGCAAGUUUGUUCAAUUGGGUCUAUCCAACUUCACAGCCUUUGAGGUGGCCGAGUGUGUCAUGCAUUGCAAGUACAACAACUGGGUUCGUCCUACCAUCUAUCAGGGCAUGUACAACGCCAUUACUCGCAGCAUCGAGCGAGAGCUGAUUCCCGUCUGCCGUCGUUAUGGUUUGGACAUUGUUGUCUACAACCCUGUUGCUGGCGGCAUCUUCUCUGGCAAGUACAAGUCUAGUGAAGUGCCUACUGAAGGCCGCUACAGUGACGCAGUCGGCAGAAUGGGUGGCAUGUACCGCAAGCGUUACUUCAGAGAUGCCACCUUUGAUGCUCUGCGUGUCAUCGAACCUGUUGUCCAGAAGCACAACCUGACUCUGAUCGAGACGGCACUGCGCUGGAUGGUCCAUCACAGCGGACUCAACAUCAAGGAUGGUGGUAACGACGGUAUCAUCAUUGGUGUCAGCAGCCUGCAACAGCUAGAGGGUAACCUCAAGGAUGUUGAGAAGGGUCCUCUUCCUGAGGAGGUUGUCAAGGUUCUGGACGAGGCCUGGUUGAUUACAUGCCCAACCACACCAAACUACUGGCACUUAGAUCUCAAGUACACUUACGACACUUACGAAGCGUUGUUUGGUAACAAGGCGUAA